UGGGGCACGAACGACUUGCGUUCUAAAGCAGACAGGCAGCAUGCAGGCAGCUGGAAGGCAGGCACAGAGGUGAAGAACGGGACUCUGAAUCGAGGAUUUCGUGAUGCGCAAUCCGUGCGUAAAACCAGACACAGUCCACAGACGCAAUUGCCAGAGAUGACAUUCCAAUACCGACAAAACUCUCAACAAUUGAGCUUUAAAUGACCUAUAUUCUCUGAAAUUACUUAAAAUUCAAAUCAUGGAAAAUGUGUCCAUCUCCACGAGCGCUUCGCAACCGGUGUGCAACGAGUCAAUGGACUACUAUUACCUUAACGGACAGAACCGGACAGACUUGAACUGCACGCCCCCUUCGGAGCUCUACUUUUACGCAGACUUAUACGUGGUCCUGCCGGUGAUCUACUCAGUUAUAUGUGCGGUAGGUCUAACGGGGAAUACUGCCGUCAUAUAUGUAAUCCUGAAAGCACCCAAGAUGAAGACGGUCACCAAUAUGUUCAUCUUGAACUUGGCCAUAGCCGACGACCUGUUUACCUUGGUGCUGCCUAUUAACAUCGCUGAGCACCUGCUACACUACUGGCCUUUCGGCGAGGUGCUGUGUAAGAUCAUACUGAGUAUAGACCAUUAUAACAUAUUUUCCAGUAUUUAUUUCCUCACUGUCAUGAGCGUGGACCGUUAUCUGGUCGUCCUUGCAACCGUGCGCUCCAAACGAAUGCCCUACCGCACUUACCGGGCGGCGAAAAUCGUCAGCCUGUGUGUCUGGGUCCUGGUGAUUCUGAUCGUCAUGCCCUUCACUGUGUUCGCUGGUGUUUACAUUAGCCCGGACGACACAGAGCGCAAAAGUUGUGUUCUGAGUUUCCCCAGCCCGGAAAGCCUUUGGUUCAAGGCAAGCCGAAUCUACACCCUUAUUCUUGGCUUCGCUAUCCCUGUCUCCACGAUCUGUAUUCUCUACACCAUGAUGCUUUACAAACUGAGGAACAUGCGUCUCAACUCCAACGCCAAGGCGCUUGACAAGGCCAAGAAAAAGGUCACCAUCAUGGUGUUUAUAGUGCUGGCAGUUUGCCUGUUCUGCUGGACGCCGUUCCACCUCAGCACGAUAGUGGCACUCACAACAGAUCUCCGGACAACCCCGAUGCUCAUCGGUAUCUCCUACUUCAUUACAAGUCUUAGCUACGCCAACUCGUGUCUCAACCCUUUCCUUUACGCCUUCCUCGACGAUAGCUUCAGGAAAGCGUUUAAAAAGAUGCUAGAAUGUAGACCUGCCUGAAUGUAUUGCGGCACAGAUUAGAUAGAGAGACAGAGGUUACUUGAAGCAGUUGCGUUGUUCUCUGCAGAACAGAAGGGAUGCUCGACAGCAAAGUUACUUUUAAAUGGUUUAUUUUCCGUGUUUUCAUCUCCCCCUUGUGCUGAAAGAAAGUAAUUGACCAAAAGAAAGAAGAAAACUGUGUACACUUUAUUGUAAAUAGUUACUAGGCCUUCUGUGUCAGCGUAGCUGAUGGUAUAUAUUCAUCAGUGUAAAAGGUAUCUUCAGUUAAAGUUGCUAAACAAGUUUACUGCUAAAUGUAAACAUCUAUCGCCACUGCCCACACAAUAUGGCGAAAAUAGGCAUCAAUGCAUCAUACCAUUCAAGUUGAUCAACGAUUGUGUGGACUUCAACUGUACGGUUGUUUUAGGAGGCCAAAUUAGCUUCUCCGUGACAGAGUAAAUCACUGCUUGCACUUAAAAUGCGUAUU